CGCACAUGGAACGCGGAAGCGCAGCAGCGGGCGGACAAACAAGUCUCGCACAAUGGAAGACGAGAGACCGCAAAACUCCUCAUCAUGGAGGAAAGUUCUUGUAUCCUGCCUCCCCGAUCUCCACCUGACCCCUGCCACUACUCUCACCAUGUUAUUGUCUUUAGCGAUCUCUGGACCGGCGCUUAUGAGGCAGUUCAGAGGAGAAAGUGUUUGGAGUAAACUGGACCUGGGAGGCGAGGUGCUGGAAAAAAUGGCAGGCCACAGACUGAUCACAUACAUUUAUUUUACUGAGGAUCUACCUACCAUGGUUUGCAGCAUCCUUCUGAUCUGGUAUUUUGGUGGAGGAUUUGAGGAGAACAUUGGUACAGUGAAGUUUUGCUUCCUUACACCGCUGUUUGCCGUGAGUGCUGGAGCUUUGUAUCUGGGUGUCAUUGCCACAGGCUUCAACCCUCAAGCAGAUGUCAGCGUUCAAGGAUUUACAGUGGUGGCUUUUUCUAUGAUCAGCGUCUUCACCCUCCGCACAAGUCUAAGACGUCUUAUAUUCUGUGGAUUUAUAGUGCCAAUGAAGAUCAUGCCAGUGUUGUUCCUGAUCUUUGCCCUCUUGUUACCACAUGCCACUGUCCUCAGCAAUGUGUGCGGCACCCUGGUUGGUGCUAUGUAUGGCCUGGGUGGUUGCUUUUUCUUGGAUCCCUCCGAAUCAUUGCUGUCUCGAAUAGAUCAGAUGUUACCAUUCAGAGUGCUAAAGAACAUACCACUUUGGAGAUACAUUCCUGCAACAUUGGCUGAGCGGAAUGCUUCUCAAACCAAAAAGUUAAACCCACCACCUGGAUCGUAUCCCACCCAGCAAUAUUACACUCCACCAGAAGGUCUCCAAGACAAGUACUCUCCAUACCACCAUGCACGGGUCCCAGGAACAUGGCCACCUGCUGGUGUUUCAGUCUACCCAGCUGCAGCUGCUUCUGGGGUUUAUCAUCAAAAUUCUGAUUGUUCAGGACACUUACACAGUCACACUGAUAAUGUAGCUUCAGUUGACUUUGAAUCAACUUCCCAGAAGGAUGCAGGAACUCCUGCUUCUCAAACUGAAUUACUGCAAGUAGAGACUAGGUGACCUUAUGGCAUUAGAGUUUCAGCACUGCUUGCUUGAUGUCUAGAAAGAAGACAGCCAUUUUAUUUACCAACUGUACUUUAUAACUCUGGCCUUACAUUUGUGGUGGGGACUUUGUGUAUCCAUAUUUUAUCCAGGUUUCCUGCAG